UGUCACUCUGAUGUCAUUUGCCAUUCUACGGAUCUGUACAUGAACAUUUUGCGAAAUUAUUUAACGCAAAAUGUGUGAUAUAAACGAUAAUCCAAUUAAAUUAAGUGUUAAAUGGAAUGGCAAGGAAUUCGAUAUACCGGAGCUAUCGCCAUCGGAUUCCGUAGCAAUGCUGAAGAUUGCCAUCGAAAAUGCCACGGGUGUUCGACCGGAAAGACAAAAACUUCUCAAUGUAAAAUUUGAAGGUAAAGUGGCAAAAGAUAAUUGCACCUUAGCAGACUUAAAUCUAAAGCCAAACUUGAAGAUUAUGAUGAUGGGUUCUCUGGAACAAGCUAUAGAAGGUGCUCGGACAAAGCCUGAUGUUGGAGAUGAUGUUGUCAAUGACUUGGAUAUUGAAGAGGAAGAAGUUGAUGUUGAGAACCAAGAGAUAUAUUUAGCUAAAAUAAACAAGAGAGUUCGAGAUUAUAAAAUAAAUUUAUUGAAUGAACCAAGAGAGGGGAAGAAAUUAUUAGUUCUUGAUAUUGACUACACAUUGUUUGACCAUAGAUCUGUUGCUGAGACUGGCUAUGAACUUAUGCGACCUUUCUUACAUGAAUUCCUAACAUCGGCUUACGAAGACUAUGACAUAGUGAUAUGGUCGGCAACUGGAAUGAAGUGGAUAGAGGAGAAGAUGAGACUGCUCGGAGUAUCCACGCAUCAGGAUUACAAGAUUAUGUUCUAUUUGGAUUAUUUAGCUAUGAUUACAGUUCAUACAACUAAAUAUGGUACUAUUGAUGUGAAACCAUUAGGAGUAAUUUGGGGUAAAUAUCCACAAUAUAGUCCAAAGAAUACAAUAAUGUUUGAUGACAUUCGAAGAAACUUCAUCAUGAAUCCAAAGAGCGGUCUCAAAAUCAGACCGUUCAGACAAGCCCAUCUAAACAGAGAUAGAGAUAGGGAAUUACUCCAUUUAUCCACAUAUCUGAGAGAGAUAGCACAAUACUGUGAUGACUUUGAUCAGUUAAACCAUAAGAAAUGGGAGAAAUAUAAGCCUGAUAGGAAUAGGACGCAACAUGCGGGUAGUAAGAGAAAAGCCGAAGAUAGUGCUCCAAGUACACCGAAAGAAUGACGAUAGUUCCAUAAAACUAUCGCCCUCCUAUGGUAGGUGGCGCCAUCUCGAAUCGCCUUAUCGCUUAGAAGACUGCAAUAUUUUUACAAGAAUAGUUAAUGAGAGCUAAACGCAUUAAUGUUUGAUCGUUAAAAAAAUAUAUUUAGUCAGCCGCUAGUUCAAUUUUAUAGUCACAAAGUUUAUUGAAGUUAUUUUAUAACAGGGUAUUUGUCGUAAAUACAACUUUCUUAUGGUGAAAGAAAAAUCUUGAUGCAAAGUUCACAUAUUGGUGAAGAAAUUCAUAGAUAUGUGUGAAGUCAGUCCGCACAGAGCCAAUGUAGUUGACUGUGGCAUAGACUAUACUUAUGGUAGGCUCUGAGACCCUCAGUUGCGACAUUUAUGAACUGACGAUCUUUUUUUAAUAAAUACACAUGAAAUAGUCAUUUUUACCAAACUUUAUGCAAUAAUAAUACAAAAAUUAGUUUCAUCUUAUUAAUUCCCUAGGAUAGUUCUUUCUUAAUGUUUCUUUCUCUAAAAUAAUAAAUUCUAAUCAACAAUGGGAAUUAAUAAAUGACAUGCAAUCAUUUUUAAAUACCCUGUUAUCAAAUAGACAACAAUUUAAAUAUUAAAAAAAUAUCUUUGAUAUAAAAACUUGCUUCAAAUACUAAAUUCAAAUUAUAACGUCUUUUCAAACUUAAAUAUUUUUAAUAGUUUAAUUAAUUAGUAAUAAGUUUUCACCAAGUAAUAUAGUCAAUACAUAGAUGCACUUUUUUAAUAUUUAGUAAUACAUUGAAAUAUGACUUAAUUUUGCAUUAUUACCGAUACCUUACAGAUUUCUUUGAGUCAUUAAAAUAUAUUUUCUAUAAAAAAACUUUUGAUUUUAAACUUUUGCAAUAAAAAAAACAAGAAACGCAUAGAAAUUGAAAUAAAAGAAAAUCUUAUAACAUUAUUGACGUUGACAGGUGGGCGCUAGUGAGCUGUCAUAAUUUAGUUUGACUUAUGCCCACCGGCUCAGAUAAACUCGUCGGUCUAUAUUUAUAAAUACUCCAUUAUAGUAAUUAAAUCAAUCGAAAGUAUUUAACAAAUGUUUUUAAAAUAUCAUGACAAUAAUAAUGAAUAUUUUUUUAAAGAACUGCCUUUUCGUUAGACUUUUCAUUUUAACUCUGCAGUCUUUUCACAAUCUUCGCUCUAACAUUUUCAACUUCCAAUUAAUUAGGCUGAAGAACAAACUUUAAAAAAAAUAUAAGUAAGGGAAUAGGUAAGCAUUUAAUGCAUUGUAUUUAUUUUUUUAAACUGGUAACAUUGUGUCACUUAAAGAAAUGCUCUUUGUAUAUUUAGGAAUAAUUUUACAGCGAUUAAAUUAGAAUA